AUGGCAUCCAUAGUAGUAGGUUCUAACGCACUUGGUGCUAGUCACUUUGCGUAUGCUAGAGGCACAGCCAUAGGAGUAGCACUGAGUGCACAUGUUGCCAUGUACAAAGUCCGCUGGUCGACAAGCACAGCUGAGAUUUUAGCCAACAACGUGCUCGCUGGCAUGGACCAAGCAAUUGCCGACGGGGUAGAUGUCAUGCCUUUGUCUCUAGCCUUACCCAAAACACUUUAUUUUGAGAAUGUCAUAGCCAUUACAUCGCUUUCAGCAAUAGAGAAAGGGAUUGUCGUCGUCUGUGCUGCUGGAAAUGAAGGGGCUCGGAACACAACAUUCAAUGGAGCACCAUGGAUCAUCACAGUAGGUGCUGGUACUAUUGACCGAAACAAUGUCGCAUCACUAAACCUAGAAAAUGGGUUAACCAUUGAAGGCACGCCAUACUUCCUAGCGAGUGUUUACAUUACCAACACAUCUAUUUAUUAUGGGAAAGGCAACCUAAACAGAGCAAUAUGCAAUGUUUCAGCUUUAGAUUCAGAAGAGAUUGCUGGAAAGGCAGUCCUAUGUGAUAAGAGCCUUAACAUUGACAUAUUUGGAAAGAUGAAGGAAGUUAAAAGGGCAGGUGGAUACGCAGGAAUAUUCGUGGGGGACAUGGUGACUUUAGAUCCACAGUACUACAUUCCUGCCCAGUUUUCCAUUCCUAGCCUGGUUCUGCAUACUAAUUAUGGGGCUUCAGUAAAGGAGUAUGUAACCAGUGAAAAUAACGUAAAGGUAAAGAGCAUGAAGUUCGUGAUAACGACUUUGGGGACAAAACCUGCACCUCAAGUAGCCUUUUUUUCUUCAAGAGGACCUGAUCCAAUUAACCCAGGUGUUCUAAAACCAGAUAUCCUCGCUCCAUGGCAAGAUGUUCUGGCAAUAGUUGUACCCAAGAAGGCAUAUUUCAAAGUAGGCAACUAUAAUAUGGUCACUGAUUAUGGAUUCAUCUCAGGGACAUCAAUGGCAACUCCCCAUGUUAUAGGAGUUACAACAUUACUAAAGGUCAUCCACCAUGAUUGGAGCCCUGCAGCCAUCCGAUUAGCUAUCAUGACCACUGCAAAUACACUUGACAAUACAGACACAGCCUUGAAAGACCAAUUAACUGGACUGCGUGCCACACCUCUGGACUUCGGGGCUGGCCGUGUCAAUCUGAACAAAGCAAUGAAUCUUGGGUUGAUCUACAACGUGGGUUUCCAAGAUUACGUUGACUUCUUGUGCCGUCUUGGCUACAAUAAGAAGCAAAUGAGUGAUGUCCUUAGAAGAAAUCAGUGGAGUUGCAACCAAAAUCCCAACGAUCUCAAUUACCCUUCUUUCAUCGCUAUAUUUCCCAAAAACGCCAGCUCCAUAACAACAGAAACCUUCAACAGCGUUAUGACGAACAUGGGAGAUGAUACAGCCAUUUAUUGA